CAUACACUAAAUGGGUGAGUCUUGUCUGUAAUGUGUAUGUGAACAUAAUUUUGGCUUAUUUAAUAGAUUUUGCACACGUUUUUUUUAUGUUACCAUGUGAUCCAGUUUACUAGCCAUGCUGCAUGUGGAUUAUAAACCUGAUGAAGAAUGUUUGGCCUUUGUGUGUUGCUCUUGAGAAGGAGUAAAAUAAUUAAAGAUAUGUUGGGAUGCAUUUGUCAAAUUGAGAUUAGGAAUGAACCCUUUUAUUGUUGAUAUUACUGUACUGGAUGUAAAUUUAGUUUUCUACUAAUCUGGGACUAUUGUGGAGCAGACUGAGAUGAGUAUUGGACUGUAAUGAGGUCCUGAUUUAUCUGUAGUAACAAGUCUAAAUAUGUUGUUUUUUUAACUUAUUAAUAAUCUCAAGAAAACCGCUUAACAAAUAGAGUUGAAUUUUUUCUUUUACAGAAACAAAUAACCUUUUCUUAAUAUUAUUAUGGAUGCCAUGGAACCCAAGUUAAAGUCUUAUCAUCAUAAAGAAAUGCAAUACAUUUCGAAAUCAUGUUAACAUUUGUACAUCAUUUAUAUGCGUGCUUUGAGUGUGUUGUUUUGAUCUUACUAAAUACAGCGUUUGUAUUGUAUAAAGCACAUUAGAUUGAGCUAUCCUAAUACAAUACAAUGUCCCUAAUUGUCCUAUACAAUUUACAACUUCAGAGAUAAAUUCAGUGUGACCUCGCUGUAGAUCAGUGGGGGCGCCAAUGGGCUGUAGAUGUUGUUCCUCUCCCUUGUAACGAGAGAGUAAGUCAAGUGCUGCGUUCGAAUUUUCGGAAGACUGGGUGUAAGGGCGACAUCAUCAAUGUGUUAAUAAAUUAUAGUUUAUUUGCGGACGUCGUUUGAGUUAAUUCUAGUUUUUUAUUCCUGAAAUGUUACAUUUAGAAGGCAGUUGUGCUUCCAGCUGGUGUUUCCUAAAUGCUGUAGCUGAAGUGACAUGUUUUAUAGGAAUCUCCGCUUUCCCAGCUUUGCUGUAGAUCCCAAACGCCUCCGAAGAAGAGCAGGCUUGCUUUAGCAAAGCGUAAAGAUGCAACUGGCUUUAAGUAAAACGUUUGGCCAGAAACCAGUUAAAUUUCAAUUAGAAGAAGAUGGAGACUUUUACAUGGUUGGGUCAGAGGUUGGAAACUACCUGCGUAUGUUCAGAGGCUCUCUGUAUAAGAGAUACCCGUCUUUAUGGAGGAGGCUGGCCUCAGUGGAGGAGAGGAAGAAGAUCGUAGCGUCGUCUCAUGCUACCAGUGUCACUCUGCUGAAGGCCUCAGAGUGUGAGGAGAUCUUUGAGGGGAAUGAUGAGAAAUACAAGGCGGUGUCCAUCAGCACAGAGCCUCCGGCGUACCUCAGGGAGCAGAAAGCGAAGAGGAGCAGUCAGUGGGUCCCCACCCUGCCCAACAGCUCACACCACCUGGAUGCUGUGCCCUGCUCCACCACCAUCAACCGCAACCGCAUGGGCCGGGACAAGAAGAGGACCUUCCCCCUGUGCUUUGAUGACCACGACCCCGCAGUGAUCCACGAGAACGCAGCGCAGGUGGAGGCGCUGGUCCCCAUCCGGCUCGACAUGGAGAUCGAUGGAAUGAAACUGCGGGACGCCUUCACUUGGAACAUGAAUGAGAAGCUGAUGACCCCAGAGAUGUUUGCAGAGAUUCUGUGUGAUGACCUGGACCUGAAUCCUCUGGCCUUCGUCCCCGCCAUCGCCUCGGCCAUCCGUCAGCAGAUCGAGUCGUACCCCACUGACAGCCUCCUGGAGGAGCAGCAGGACCAGAGGGUCAUCAUCAAGCUGAACAUCCACGUGGGGAACAUUUCUCUGGUGGACCAGUUUGAGUGGGACAUGUCUGAGAGGGAGAACUCCCCAGAGUCCUUUGCCCUGAAGUUGUGCUCUGAGCUGGGUCUGGGGGGGGAGUUUGUCACCACCAUUGCCUACAGCAUCCGUGGUCAGAUCAGCUGGCACCAGAGGACCUACGCCUUCAGUGAGAACCCCCUCCCGACAGUAGAGAUAGCCAUCCGCAACACAGGGGAUGCAGACCAGUGGUGCCCCCUGCUGGAGACCCUCACAGACGCUGAGAUGGAGAAGAAGAUCCGAGACCAGGACAGGAACACCAGGCGUAUGAGAAGACUGGCCAACACCGCUCCGUCCUGGUAGAGAGGCUGGAGCUCCGGGACUGCUGUUACUCUGACAUGAAGAAGCAAAACACACACACAACACACACACACACACACACACACACACACACACCUCACUGACUGAAACACACACAUUUAGGCAUUCCUCUACACAGUCAUCAGGACACUUUAAAUCUAACCCCUCUGUCAGCUGGUACUGGGUGUUUAUCUGACUGUUACAGAACGUACUGUUACACACACCAUGAAACACUCACUGCACAAGUGGAAACAAUAUAUAUGAUAGAGAUGAAUAGCGUUUGUGUAACAUGAGGACGGCUCUUGCAUUGUACAUGUUUCAAACCUGGAUUGCAUGUGUGACAGAGCUCUGCCCUUUUCUCUGGCUGCCGUGGUAACCUCUCAGUGGAAAUGCAUUGCAGAUGUUUUCACUGCACAGUGUGAAUGGCCUCAGAGUAUCUGUUGGGAAUAAGAACUAUAAAUGUUGAUGUUCCAUAUGACCAGAAGCUGGAAUUACUAAGGCUAGGGUAAUCAAAGGGAUCGUUUGGAGAUCAAUAAAUCUGUUAAUGGUCUGCCAGCUCAUAGAGUCCUGUUGUGAACCCAGAAAUGUUGAGUACCCCCAAGUUUUAUUUUAGAAAUGUAUAGUACAGGACCCCAGCACAUAGAAACUGCCGGAUGCUAACCUUCAUACGUUGGGCAAUUUGAACAAUUAGAAUAAGUUGCGUUAACUUGUGGUGUUUCUCAGGUUAUUAAGGAUGCUGGUUCCAUUUCUGACAUUUUCAAGAUCCAAAAUGGCAGACUUAUCCAGGAAUUGGGCACAUUUGUACUCUCUGUGGAUCGAUUUGAUGAAUUUUAGGUCAAUUUUAGUUUCUAAAAAGUGUUCAGAAAUGGAUUGAGCAUCCUCACUUUUUUGGCUGUUGUCUGCAUAUGCUAAUUAAUACAAAUUAAUGCUAAUUGUGCAAAUUGCCCAACAUAUGCAAGUUAGCAUCCAGCAGUUACUAUGUGCUUGGGAUCCCUACUCUACAUUUCUUACAUAAAACUUCACAGCUCUCAACAUUUGGGAGUUCACACUGCUGGCAACUAGACUAUUAGUACGUUUUCGAGCAAAAAAACAUAAAGGGUCACACAAUAACUUUAGAAGUCAAAUGAGGAUUUCCUCUUCCGUGUCAAAUAUCAUUGUAAACUCAAUGUCUUUGGGUUUUAGUCAGCUGUCGGACAGGAAUUGGACCAUGAGCUCUGAGGAAGUUGUAGGGAGCCUUUCUUUACUAUGUUGUAUAGAGUAUACAAUUUAAUCUGACCCGUGCACAUCAAUGCUUUUUCGCUGGAUACCCAAAAUGACUACAUGAUGCAUCUACCCUGUGUGUGGACUAUGAGAAUCAUUUAAAAGUGCAGUAAAUCCCACAUAUAGGGCUUAAUGAAUGUUAGUGAGCCACUUCACAGUGAUUUUGAGUGUUCACUCCAACCCUCACUGGUGAUCUUAGCGGCAGUAGCUGAGAGCUGUUAGGUGUCUGCAGCCAAUCAGAGGGCUGAUUUGAUUUCUGCAUGCAGACUCUGUGUCCUGAUCUUACUUCCAGAUGUGAUCAGGGUUCACCAGGGUUUAUUUGCAUGCAUAAAUAUAAAUAUAGGUAGAUCAUACUGUGUCCCUGUGCAUGAGGGCCUCACUGUCUGCCUCGCAUCAGGGUCCCAGACGGCAGCCUCUGUGGCUGUAAAUGUGGUCGGGUAGCAGAGAGUGAAAAACAACCUGACAAGAACCAAUGGUGUCUUUUAAAGUGAUGAUUUCCAACUUGAACAUAUUCCAGAGAAUGAUGUUAAAUAUGUACUGUCACUUCUUUUUUGUAAAAUUGCUUUACCUUUAUAGUGGACUUCUUUUUUAUAUGAAAAACGACAAUAAAGAAAUAACAAACGGUA